CCUCCACGGGAAAACUGCCGUCAGAUAUGGAAAGUGCAGCACAUGCGUUUCAAUCCUCCCUCUUCCCUUGAUGUCCCUCUUCACUCCUCACAUCUGCCUCUCUUCGCCACCUGUGUCUCUGUGUCUGCCCGCUGUUUUCGUACGCAGCGAAGCACAGCCUCUUUGAUCCGAACUUGAACAAGUGUUGAUGCGGGGUCAGGAGCAGCGGCGCGAACUGAAGNACUUUGUACUUCAAGUCGCGACAAACGAACAGGGGCAGCCGAGAUCUGGAGAACAGAACGGGGACGUGAUGAUGGAGGUCAUCGAAAAGGUGUGGGAGGACCAGGUCAAAGAUGCUGCCAACAGGAAGAUCAAAGAGGUCGAAAAAAAACGGAGGGAGGCGCUGCAGAAGAAGCGCCAGACGCAAAACCCGAGAUUAGCCGAGAUGAUCACGAUCCCGACUAUCCCGAACCGUGACGACCUGCUCAACAAGGAGCUACCCGAGAACUUUCUCCCUCCGUACUGGUUUACGUGGCUGUUGUACGGACCGCUGGCCGCAAACCCGGACGAGGACGUAUCGUUCACGGCCUCCAACGGCCCUGACGUUCAAGGGGUGCGUGGCGGAGGCCUCAGCGACGACGAUGACGAGGACUACUACUACGACGACGACGACGACGACUGCGGCGGCGGCGGCGGCAGCAGCAGCAGCAGCAGCGGCGGCGGCGGUGGCGGCGGCGGAUUUGAAGACGGCGAAUCAUCUGCGGGGAGUAACGCGUCUGCCUCGAGCUCUGGGGAGGGAAACCCCAGCAAGUCCAGCGGCGACACCGGCGAGGGCAAGCGGCGAAAGCUUGCAACGAC